ACGAACGUAACUUAUAUAGAUGUAUGGAGUGAUAUGGACGUUUACGAUAUUAUCGAUGAAUGGAUUUGUAUAAAAUUAUGCAAUUAGGCCUAAACAAAAAAUGGAUUCCGGGGUGUGAUCCACAUCCUGAGGCCAAUACAGUUCUCGACGCCAUAUAUAAACACACACACAUAUACCAUUAUUCAUUAUAGCAGCGCUAGCUCUAACAUCAUCUCAACAAAAGUACACUCAAAUCGAGGGAAAGAAAGACGAUAAUGGAAGCAGCGAAGAAUUCAUUGAAGGCGAAGGGAGAGAGCCAGAGGAUCGUGGUUGCUGUGGACGAGAGUGAAGAGAGUAUGUUCGCCUUGCAAUGGUGUCUUUCAAAUCUCACUUCUCCAGACACCAAAAACACUUUGAUUCUACUCUACGUUAAGCCUCCUCCAGCCAUCUCAAUCUCUUCCUUCGAUGCGCCUGGGUAUGUGUUUUCAAGCGAGGUGAUUUCGGCGAUGGAAAAGCAGAGCAAGGAUUUGGUUAGCGCGGUGAUGAAGAGAGCGGAAGCGGUUUAUGCGAAGUUUAGUAGCAACGUAAAUUUGGAGAGAGUAGUUGGGAAGGGAGAUGCGAAGAACGUGAUAUGUCGCACGGUGGAGAAGCUUGGAGCCGAUACCUUGGUAAUGGGAUGCCAUGGUUAUGGCUUCUUCCAGAGGGCAUUGCUCGGGAGUGUGAGCGAUUAUUGUGCGAAAUAUGCAAAAUGUCCCGUGGUUAUUGUGAAACAUCCUUAAGAUUCUAGAGAAAAAAAAGAAUAAUUAAAAGCCACCCAAGAGAAUUAACGGAAUUUUAAUUGGCAUGAUCUUUCUUAUGAGAGGAUGGAGACUUGAUUUCUCAUCUCGGAGCAUUGUAUUAAAAGAAUAAGGUUGUAAUUCAACUGUACUAUUAUAUGUUAUAAUCUCAAUGGAAAUUAGGUCUCUUUACUUUCGAGGA